AAAGAAGAGGAGGAGAAAGAAGAGGAGGAGGAAGAAGAGGAGGAGGAAGAAGAGGAGGAGGAAGAAGAGGAGGAGGAAGAAGAGGAGGAGGAAGAAGAGGAGGAGGAAGAAGAGGAGGAGGAAGAAGAGGAGGAGGAAGAAGAGGAGGAGGAAGAAGAGGAGGAGGAAGAAGAGGAGGAGGAAGAAGAGGAGGAGGAAGAAGAGGAGGAGGAAGAAGAGGGGGAGGAAGAAGAGGAGGAGGAAGAAGAGGAGGAGGAAGAAGAGGAGGAGGAAGAAGAGGAGGAGGAAGAAGAGGAGGAGGAAGAAGAGGAGGAAGAAGAGGAAGAAGAGGGAGAAGAGGGAGAAGAGGAAGAAGAGGAAGAAGAGGAAGAAGAGGAAGAAGAGGAAGAAGAGGGAGACGAGGGAGAAGAGGGAGAAGAGGAAGAAGAGGAAGAAGAGGAAGAAGAGGAAGAAGAGGAAGAAGAGGAAGAAGAGGAAGAAGAGGAAGAAUCUCAAGGAUGA